GCAAACCGAGGCUCCGCAACGGCGGCUAAGGGGCUAUUUGAGGGGCCGCUGCCAGGGCGCCUUCGCGCAAACGUCCAUCGAAGCUGCGGCUUCCCCUGCCUGGACCCCAAAUCCGCUCCCGGCCCGGCCCGGCCUCCUCUGCUUCCCCGCGGUCGCCUGCUCGCCUGGCCCGGGGCGCGCCCAGCACGGCGGCGGCGGCGACAGGAGGGAGCGGCUGGGCCGGGUGUGGCCGGCAGAUAUGAUUGACAUCAGCAGCUCCCAGAAACUCUUGAUGAAAACAGGACUCAUAUUGAUUGUCAUUGGUCACCUGAACUUCAUUUCGGGAGCCCUGGUCAAUGGGACGGUCUUGCGCCACAUUGCCAACCCUCAAGAUACCAUUUCGUUGCAGUAUGCCAUUUCUAACAUCAUUUUGGCCAUCUCGGCCAUCUUGACAAUAACCUGUGGAAUAGCAGCUAUUGUGCUUUCCAGAUACCUGUCCCAAAAACCACUGGCAUGGGCUGUUUUCUCCCUCAGCAUCAGCAGCAGCCUCCUCUCGCUUUUCUGCCUGGUGGGGCUGGCGGUGGCCAUUGGCCUGACCUUUGCCAACAAGGGCCACGCCCUUUUGUCCCUCUGCACCUUUGCUGACAUGGAGGUCAUUCAGAUCACCCACGAGUGUCCCUUCGACCCCACACGGAUCUAUAGUUCUGCCCUGGUCCUCUGGGGAAUCUCCUUUCUCUUGGACUCUGUGGAGAUCAUCUUCAGCAUCCGCUGCUUUCUUAUCACUCUUACGAUCCUGAACUUGAAGCUUUGUUGCAGGGGGAAGCGCAAGAAGAAGAUCUCGCUGGCGUUCGUCACCGCCCAGAGCAGAGACUCCCGCGAGGGACGGGAUCUGCUGAGGAUGGAGCGCUUGGGCGUUGUGCAGCUGUAGAGGCCAAGCGUGUUGCUCAGAGGAGCCUGGCAGGCGAAACCUUCACGGACUCUUCUGUGGCACCUUUCCGACCGUCCCUGGUCAGUGUCACCAUCUGACUUCCCUGAUCGCUGGGAGGGCUGGAGCCUGCCGGGAGAAAUGGCUGAGGUCUGCUGCCGCGGUUUCUACCAAGCAAUGGACCGUCUUGUGUUUGUGCAUUUCUCCAGCUCGUCCUCUGGGUGAGGUUUCUAGCUCUGACUUCUUCCUCUUUUAUUCUGAUGCACCCAUAUGCCUACCCUCAUGUGCGACUCUCCUAGUGAUGGGAGCCUGAUGGCCAGAGAAGAGACUCCAGCUGGGCCACUCAGGGGAGAGGACGGACUUCUCUGACAUGUUGCUUUCACCAAGUUUGUAUUUUGUUAUCACAGCUUAAAACAUGUAAUUGUUUCCAUUGAAAAUCAUGGAAAAUGGCCUUUAGAUUAUUGGUUUGUUGACAAAACUGCAAAUCCUCCCUCACUUUGCUUAUAUCUGUAAAUAUGCAAAUCUACUGAAAUAAUGGAUUGGAGGGAGGGGCAAUGGAUCAACCAGCUGCAAAGGAGGCUGAUUGGGGGGGUCUCAGCUGGCGUCCUGAGGAAUGGAGAUGCCAGGCCAGUUUCAGCCCCAGAGGCUCCCUGGGGGGAGGGGGGAAUGUUGGUCCAGCAAUAUACUCUCAGCCAACCUACCUCACAGGGUUGUUGUGGGGAAUGCCAGGAGGAUGGAGUAUUGUUUUCUGCCUUAAACUCCUGGACCAAAGAUGGAAUAAAGAUCUAACCAAUUAAUUGAAA